CACGCAGCCAGAGCCGCGCUCCCAGCCCCGGAUUUACAGACCCGGCCCCGCGCGCAGCCACCGGCCCGGGGCCGCCCGGGCCCCCGCAGCCGGGCCGAGCCGAGCCGAGCCGCCGCCGCUUCCUGCCGGGGGCCGGGCAGGAGCAGCCCCGCCGAGGAGGGAUCGAAGUGGAGGAAGAGGAGGGGCGUGAAGCAGCCGCGCUCUGUCCCCCGCCCUGGUGUCACCUACAACUGGUCUCUCCCGUGGGAUCGGCGCCCCUCCCCCCCGGGGAUGGUCUCCGCCGGCGGGCGCUGAGCCGGGCGCCAUGGGGAGUGCGCCAUAGACACCCCCCGGCGCCCCCCGUCUGCCGUGGCGGCCGCGGUGCUGAGCACCUGGGGGCGGAGCCCACCUUGGUCUCUCGUGAGCGCUCCUGGAUGGAAUUGCGGUGAAUGGAACAGAAGCCCAGCACCCUGGACUGCCUGUCGGAGCCAGAGGAAACCCGGUGGCUGGAUGGGAAACGCAAAAGAAAGAGCAGCCAAUGUUCGGUGAAGAGCAGCAUGUCAGGGUACAUCCCUAGUUACCUGGACAAAGAUGAACAAUGUGUCGUGUGCGGUGACAAGGCAACCGGCUACCACUACCGCUGCAUCACCUGCGAGGGCUGCAAGGGUUUUUUCCGACGGACCAUCCAGAAGAACCUGCACCCGACCUACUCCUGCAAGUACGAUGGCAGCUGUGUCAUCGACAAGAUCACCCGCAACCAGUGCCAGCUCUGCCGCUUCAAGAAGUGCAUCGCCGUGGGCAUGGCCAUGGACUUGGUGCUGGAUGACUCCAAGCGGGUAGCCAAGCGGAAGCUGAUCGAGGAGAACCGAGAGCGGCGGCGCAAGGAGGAGAUGAUCAAGACCCUGCAGCACCGCCCGGAGCCCAGCGCCGAGGAGUGGGAGCUGAUCCACGUGGUGACGGAGGCGCAUCGCAGCACCAACGCCCAGGGCAGCCACUGGAAACAGAAGCGGAAAUUCCUGCCCGAGGACAUCGGCCAAUCGCCCAUGGCCUCCAUGCCCGACGGGGACAAGGUCGACCUGGAGGCGUUCAGCGAGUUUACAAAAAUCAUUACCCCGGCCAUCACCCGCGUGGUGGACUUUGCCAAAAAACUGCCCAUGUUUUCAGAGCUGCCUUGCGAGGACCAGAUCAUCCUGCUGAAGGGCUGCUGCAUGGAGAUCAUGUCGCUGCGGGCGGCCGUGCGCUACGACCCCGAGAGCGAGACGCUGACGCUGAGCGGCGAGAUGGCCGUCAAGCGGGAGCAGCUGAAGAACGGCGGGCUGGGCGUGGUGUCCGACGCCAUCUUCGACCUGGGCAAGUCACUCUCCGCCUUCAACCUGGACGACACGGAAGUGGCGCUGCUCCAGGCCGUGCUGCUCAUGUCCUCAGACCGCACCGGGCUGUUGCGGGUGGAGAAGAUCGAGAAGUGCCAGGAGACCUACCUGCUGGCGUUCGAACACUACAUCAACUAUCGCAAACACAACAUUCCCCACUUCUGGCCCAAGCUGCUGAUGAAGGUGACCGACCUGCGCAUGAUCGGCGCCUGCCACGCCAGCCGCUUCCUGCACAUGAAGGUGGAGUGCCCCACCGAGCUGUUCCCACCCCUCUUCCUCGAGGUCUUUGAGGAUCAGGAAGUCUAGGGCGGGGGGAGGGGAGGGGGCGAGGGGGCGGGGCCAGGACUCGGACGAGAGCCCCGCCCCCAGCCCCUCCUGGACACGUUUUACUUGGUUCUUUUUCGUUUUGGUUUGUUUUUCUAAAUAUUGCGCGUGGGUGUCACCCGGCAGCGCCGACACCACCACCACCACCCCCGCGGAGGGGGUGGGACCAUGGGGGGGGGCUGCUGUCGGGGUGGGGAGGGAGGGGCAACACUUUUCAAAAACCACACAAAACAUGAGCUUUUUGGGGGGGGCGGAGGAGUUGGAUUUGGAGUAGCGGGGGAGGAUAAGUGGAACCUGGAUCUCCUUUCGUCUGAACCCCUCAGUUAUGUGGGUGCUGGGGGGGUGGAUACAUAGCCCUGGUUUCAACCCAACUGCAGGAAGAACCCCCCCACUCAUAGAAUUCUCCGUCCCAUCACCUCCCUGGCACUGGGCUCAGCUGGCACCUCACGGCUCCCCCCAAAUAAACCUCUCUCGUUCCACGGACGCUAUGAAUUUUGUUUGUUUGCACAGGACAGUCCCAGACGUCAGAGCGUUUGUUUCCUUUAUUAUUUCCUUAGGUGGUUUUGUUUUUGUUCUUUUUAGCAUUUAUUCCCUCCCUGAGAGGCUAAAAUAUUAACUAACUGCACUUUGAAAAGAGAAAAGCUAUUAAAUUAUUAGUGGGGAGAACCCGGGCGCAGGGAGAGGGGGUGAGGUUAGAGGGGGGGUUCGGGCCACGGAGCCGAGCGUGAACGACAAAUGCACUUUUUUUUAUUAAAAGACGAAACUCCAGCGGGAAGUCGCUGGUUAGAUUCCCAGGGGUGCCUCGAUUUCCCAUCGAACUACAGGGCGCGAAGCCAGGGUGCCAGCUGACCCCCAUGCCAGGGUUGCAGGAUAGGACCACCGGAGAAUCUCAGCUCCCUGCUACACUGGAGAAUCGGGGCUCCGAGGUUGGGCUGUCAGGUCGCUUGCCCUCUCCCCACCUCCCUUCCCCCUCCCCCCCCGAGAACCCGCCACUUCGGCCCAUCUACCUCUUAGGCUGGAUGGGGCGGGCAGGUCUGUCCUGACACCCCAAUCCCCCCAGCACACCCGCCUCUCCCCCAGUGCAGGCGCCUGCCGAGGGCCGUAGUGCCAACACUUUCCCGAAGGCGAGGCAGCGGUGGGCGAGGGAGAGAGGCUCCGGCCCGCAGGGGUUGGGGGCUGUGCUGAGAGGGGGCGGGGGGAAGAGAAGAACUGGUCGAAAACAUUGGCUCUAAAGUAUCAGAGGGGUAGCUGUGUUAGUCUGGUUCUGUAGAAGGAGCAAAGAGUCCUGUGGCACCUUAUAGACUA